UUUCGUUAUAAAUUAUAAUUGUGUACUUUGGUAUUCCUUUAUCUAUAUUACUAAUUAUUGAACUGUCCCUUGGAGAAAAAAUUUCGUUUAGAAAUUUGUUCAAUUUCUCUCUGUACGUCUAGUAGUAGACAGUAGUACCCUAUCCCCAGAUUUAUGAUAUUUGUUAGUUUAGUUUAAUAAUAUUUGUAAUGAUCUGUGUCCAACUUAAUAGUUGAACUUAUAUUUUAUUAACGUUUCUAUCUGUCACGAUUCUACACCAGUGGUUGUUUUGUUUUUCAACUUUAAGUUUAAAAGAAUCAUCAUGGCUGACGAAGACUGGGGAGAUGUUGGAGUAACAACCAAUGUAGAUUCAGCACCUGUUCAAAUUGCAGCUGAAUUACCAGAAGUGAAAUUAUUUGGUAGAUGGAGUUGUGAUGAUGUCGAAGUCUCUGAUAUGUCUUUACAAGAUUACAUUGCCGUCAAAGAAAAGUAUGCCAAAUAUGUUCCUCACUCUGCUGGUCGUUAUGCUGCAAAACGUUUCCGUAAGGCUCAAUGCCCUAUUGUUGAACGUUUGACCAACUCUUUAAUGAUGCACGGACGUAACAACGGAAAAAAACUGAUGGCUGUCCGUAUUGUUAAACACGCUUUUGAAAUUAUCUACUUGUUAUCUGGUGAAAAUCCAUUGCAAGUGCUUGUCAAAGCCAUCAUUAACAGUGGCCCAAGAGAAGACUCCACACGUAUUGGUAGGGCUGGUACAGUCAGGCGUCAAGCUGUUGACGUUUCCCCAUUGCGACGUGUUAACCAAGCUAUUUGGUUAUUGUGUACGGGAUCCCGAGAAGCUGCGUUUAGGAAUAUUAAGACAAUUGCUGAGUGUUUAGCUGACGAACUGAUCAAUGCUGCUAAGGGAUCUUCGAAUUCUUACGCUAUCAAGAAAAAGGAUGAACUCGAGCGUGUAGCCAAGUCUAAUCGUUAAUUUCCAUCUAUUAUUUCAUUUGAUUUAAAUAUACAUUGUAUAUUUGAACUAAAACUAAAUAAGUUUUUAAUUUUUUUA